CUCAAUCUUAAUAUUAAAAGUUCUUUCAAAUAUUAAAAGCAUGGAUGUUUAGAAUAUGUGGAAUUUUCACUAAUCAAAUAUUAAAUGUUUUCUGCAGAACUUCAAUUGUAUUGAACAUUAAUUUGUUCUCUCUACAGACUGGACAAAAGAUUUGAGCACAGUGGUUGUUUGUAAAUCUGUUGAAAAACAAGAAUUUCAAUUGUAUUGAACAUUAAUUUGUUCUCUCUACAGACUGGACAAAAGAAGAAGACUUUUCACAAUAUUUGAGCAAAGUGGUUGUUUGUAAAUCUGUUGAAAAACAAGAUGGAAAGUUCCUUAACUGAUUUGGGGAAGUCAUUUGUGGAGAAAAUGAUAAAUGGAGCAAUAGCAGAAUUACGCCAUGUAUUUUGCUUCACAUGCAUUGUUAAGGAAUUCGAAGAAGAAAAAAUUUCACUAAAAGAAGAAAUGAAAACAUUGGAGCAACGUGCUAAAGUGGCAGCAGGAAGAGAUAAAGAUAUUCUUGCUAAUGUUCAUUAUUGGAAAGAGGAAGUUGAUAAGCUCAUUCAAGAGGACAUCAAAAUAAAACAAACAUGUUUUUUGGGCUUAUGUCCUGAUUGCAUGUGGCGAUAUAAAAGAGGGAAGGAGUUGGCAAAUAACAUAGAGGAGAUUAAACAUUUGAUAAAAAAGGGAGAAAAAUUUGAAAAUAUUGAACGUUUUCAAUCUAAAGAUUACAUUUCUUUUAAAAGUAGAGAGUGCAAAUAUAGAGAGCUUAUGGAUGCACUACUAGAUGAAAACAACUAUAUGAUUGGAUUGCAAGGUAUAGGGGGCAUCGGAAAAACUACAUUGGCCAAAAAAGUGGGUAAAGAAUUAAAGAUAUCUAAACAAUUCACUCGUGUAAUCAUUACAACAGUGUCAUUUACUCCUGAUACAAAAAAAAUUCAAGAUGAUAUUGUUGGUCCUUUUGGACUAGAAUUGGAGAACUAUAACGACUCAAACAGGCCCGAAGAAGUAUGGAGGAUAUUAACAAGUGGUGAGAAAAUUCUUAUUAUAAUGGAUGAUGUGUGGGAUCAAGACCCGCCUCUUGAUUUUGAUCUAAUAGGAAUUCCAAAAAAAGACAGUCACUAUGGUUGCAGAGUUCUUAUAACCACACGGAGUAAACAAGUAUUACAAAAAAUGAAUUGUGAUAAGAAGAUUGAAUUGGAGUUAUUAUCGGAAGAAGAAGCAUGGGAUAUGUUCAAAGCGUACGCCGGUAUAAGCAAUAGUUUUUCAAAAAAAUUGAUUACUAAGGGACGUGAAAUUGCUAAGGAAUGCAAACAAUUACCGAUUGCAAUAGUAGUUAUCGCCGGAAAUUUAAAGGGCCAACAAGAUCGUAAGCACCAGUGGGAUGCUACGCUAAAAUCAUUGAAGAAAACUGUAUCCAUGGAUGAUGUCGAUAAAGAAAAGGUUGAAAUUUAUAAAUGUUUGAAGUCUAGCUAUGAUGGUAUGAAGGAUGAAAAAGUCAAGGGAUUGUUUCUCCUAUCUUCUCUAUUUCCAGAAGAUAAAGAAAUUUCUAUUGAAAUUCUAACUAGACUAGGCAUAGGAACAGGCCUUUUUGGGAAGAAUUACGGUAGGUACAAUGAUGCUCGAAACAAAGUAGGUGUAGCUAUAUAUAAACUCAUAGAUUUGUGUUUGAUGGUGGGGGUCGGUGAAGAACAUGUAAAAAUGCAUGAUUUGGUUCGUGAAGCAGCUCAAUGGACAGCAUACAAAGAGAUUCGAUGUGUGAAAUUAUCGAGCAAAGAUGAAAAAUCAUCGGUUGAAAAGGAAAAAAAUAUGAAAUAUUUAUUUUGUGAAGGGAAGUACAUGGAUUUGUUUUCUUGGAAGUAUGAUGGUUCCAAACUUGAGACUCUAAUUCUCGACGUGAAAAGGGAUGAAGACCGUAAACGUAUGGAAGCCCGGAGUUCUUUCUUUAAAAAUAUUGACCAACUUCAAGUUUUGUACUUUUCAAGUCAUAACAAACGACCCCUAUCAUUACCAGAUUCAAUUCACUCAUUGGCAAAUAUUCGAUCUAUACUGGUUGAUGGAGUUGAUUUAGGUGACAUCUCUGUUUUGGGAAAUCUACAAAGUCUUGAGACUCUUGAUUUGGUUAAUUGCGGAAUCAAUGAAUUGCCACACGAAAUUUCAAAGUUGGGGAAAUUUAAAGUGUUAAACUUGAAAGACUGUGAAAUUAGAAAGAAUAAUCCAUUUGAGGUUAUUAAAGUAUGUCUGACACUUGAAGAGUUGUACUUCAUAGAUAGUUUUAAUAGGUCUUGUGACGAAAUAAACUUACCCCAAUUGCAAAGGUAUCGUGUAGGUAAUAAGUGGGACUGGAGUCGGAUUAGUUAUUCACUAUCAAAAUGUGUGGCUUUUACUGACAAAUUCAGUUUUCCUUCAAAAGCAACAUACAAGUAUUGCAUGCAAACAUCAGAGAGUCUUCAACUAAAUGGAAUUUCAAUUAUGGAGGGAUGGAUAAAUCUCAUGCCUGAGAUUGUUGAUAUACAUCAUGGUAUGAAUGAUCUUGUUGAGCUUUGUCUGACAGAAUUUUCACAAUUACAGUGUCUCACUGACACAAUUGGUUUUCAAGUUCCACCAGUAUUGUCCAACUUGUUUGUCUUAAAACUGGAAAAAAUGAACAAUUUGGAAAUACUAUUCAAAGGUUCCCUUUCUUUUGAAUCUUUGAAGUGUUUGGAGGAGCUAUCAAUAACAAACUGUAAAAUGCUUCAAAGAUUGUCUGAUUCUCUGCUAAACCUCUACAAUCUAAAGACUAUUGUACUUCGGAAAUGUCCAAUGUUGGUUAACCUCUCUUCAUUGUUAACUUCUCGGAACCUGACGGUGUUAGAGAGAUUGGAAAUAUUUGAUUGUGGGAACUUGAAAAACAUAAUAAUAGAUGAAAGAGGAGAAAAGGAAUUGAGAGAAACAUAUAACAAGAAAUAUGUCUCAAUGUUUCCAAAACUAAAACAUCUUGAAAUUUUAAACUGUCAGCUAUUAGAAUCAGUACUUCCUUUGCUCUUCUCUCAAGACCUUCCAGUUCUAGAAGAUUUAAGAAUAGAAAACUGUGAUGAGCUCAAAUACAUAUUUAGAAAAUGUCAACAUGUUGAAUUGGGUUUGUUAAAACAUAUACAGCUUUGGCAAUUCCCAAAAUUGAAAACACUUAGAGUUCAAAACUGCGAGCAAUUGGAAUAUAUAUUUGAGCACUACAUUGAUGACCAUCAAAACCACAAUGGAAUUCACCUUAAUCUUCCAGCAUUACAACAUGACCAUCAAAACCACAAUGAAAUUCACCUUGAUCUUCCAGCAUUACGAUAUCUGGAGCUUCGCUAUCUAAAAAAAUUAGUCUCCAUAUGUCCGAAACACUAUUAUACAACAAUUCCUCAAUUGAAAAUACUUGAUCUCGAAGAAUGCUCUUUGGAUAAUUCAAUCAUGAAGCUCCUUUAUACAUGGCAACGGGCACAGUAUCUUCCACUACAAUCAAAUAUCAUGUGCAAUGUUACGAGUAUUACGCUAUAUGGUAUUUCUAAGAUAAAAUCUAUGUUUCUGCUUUUUAAUACUUCAAGAAUGCUGGUGGAAUAUUUGGCAAUUGUGAAUUGUGAUGAAUUGAAGCACAUAAUAGUAGACAUUGGAGAUGAUGAUGAUGAUAAUGUUAGCAAUAAUUUGGUCAAUGUCUUUCCAAAACUACAAUACUUUCGCGUUGUAAAUUGCGGGGAAUUGAAACACAUAUUUGGACACUACUCUGAUGGCCAUCAAAACAAGAAUGAGAUUCACCUUCAAUUUCCAGCAUUAGAGUAUCUCCAACUUUACAAUCUGCGAAGUUUUGUUGCCAUGUGUCCAACACAAUAUCAUACAACAUUUCCACCUUCGAUAGAUUUCGAGGGUUCCUCUUUAGAUGAUGCAUUCUUGAAGUGUUUGAAAGAAACAAAUGACCAAAGUAUUCAAUACCUUAAAAAUUGGCGCGCGAGUCAUGUAGGUGAUAACAAUUAUAAUAGUUCAUACAAAGAUUUACAUGAAGUGGAGCAGACUGCAUGUAAUGGAAAGAGACAAGUUCAAGUACAAUCGAAGAAAGAGUCAACAUCACAUAAGAUGGAAGAGGCACUUUUAGCAUGGACUAAAGCAUCUUUGGCAAAAGUUGAGAGAUACAGGGAUAUGAGUCUGGAGAGUACUUCACGUGUAACAUCAGAGUGCUCUCUUACUAAGUGUGUGACAGUUCUGGAUGAGAUGAGAGACAUUCCGCAAGAUGCAUAUGCAAAAGCUUUGGAAAAAUUGAUGAAUCCUGAUUGGAGAGAAGUUUUCAUCGCCAUGUCAAUUGAGAGGAAACGUGGAUGGGUACUUGGACUUAAAGGAUAAAAUCAUACUUGAAUUUGUGUUGAAAACGAUGAUACAUAUUUAUCUUAGUACUUUGUUUAUGGUUUUUAUGAUUAUGUACUUUGUUCUAUUUGCUGACAAUUGUUUUUAUUUUUAUGCAUUGUUUUAAAUUUUAUAGUUAUGUUAUAAAACCCUUUUUAUGAAGA